CAGAGCGCCAUUAUCGUAAGAAAUUUGUGGUCGUUCCUCGAAAUACGAUUCUGAUUCUCCUUUAGAUCCAAUUCUAUCUCCACCUUCUAAGCAAAUUAUUCGUCUCGCUACUCUCUUUCUUCUUCUUCUUAUUGCAGAAAAAAGAUUCUCUUUCGAUUUAUGUUUGUGGAUCAGAUUCUGGAUAAAACGAUAAUCUAUUUCUGAAAAUCUAACGACUCUUUGCUCAAACUCGGAUUCUAAUCAGCUCUCUGGGUUUUUGUUUCGAUCAUCGAAUCGUUGUGUGUGUGUGUUAUUCAAUUUUACAAACCUGGCGGUGAGUGAAGGCUUGAGAUUGAAGGUUCCGUCACCGGAAAACAAAAGUUUUGAUUUUGAUUGCGUUGGUGGUGGUCUGGAGUGCUUGGUAAGCCUAAUCAGGGCCCUUGACAUGGGGUCCUGUUUAUCAUCUUCAGGAGGAAGCAGAAGGAGAUCGAUCCAUGGAUCUCCUCGUGCUCCUCAUGGAUCUAGGAGGAGGAAGAGUUCCACGAGGAGAUCCACGUCUUGUAGCUCUUCGUUCGAUAACACCGGAGAAGAUGAGCCACUUCUCCAUAGGAUCCCUGGGAGGAUGUUCUUGAAUGGCUCUACGGACAUUGCGUCACUCUUCUCUCAACAUGGCAAGAAAGGGCCUAAUCAGGACGCCAUGAUUGUCUGGGAGAAUUUUGGGUCUAUGGCGGACACCGUUUUUUGUGGUGUUUUUGAUGGCCAUGGUCCGUAUGGUCACGUUGUCGCAAAGAAAGUGAGGGAUUUGCUUCCACUAAAAUUAGGCUCUCAUUUGGAGUCAUAUGUGUCUUGCGAGGAGGUACUUAAAGAGAUCAGCCUCAACACUUCUGACAGAAAGAUCUCAGAUAACUUUGUGCAUAUAUCUGCUAAUGGAGAAUCCCGAGUCUACAAUAAGGAUACUGUAAAGGAUCCGGAUAUGAUUCAAACACUGUUAGGCUCAAUUGUUAAAGCAUACAGAUUCAUGGACAAGGAAUUGAAGAUGCAAAAGGAUGUUGAUUGUUUCUGCAGUGGAACAACUGCAGUUACCAUGGUCAAGCAGGGUCAACAUCUUGUUGUCGGAAAUAUUGGGGAUUCAAGAGCAGUAUUGGGUACAAGGAACAAAGACAAUAAACUUGUUCCUUUUCAAUUAACUGAAGAUCUCAAACCAGAUGUUCCAGCGGAAGCAGCAAGGAUAAAAAAAUGUAGAGGACGUAUAUUUGCUCUCAGAGAUGAACCGGGCGUUGCCCGCCUGUGGCUUCCUAACCACAAUUCACCUGGUCUCGCCAUGGCACGUGCUUUUGGAGAUUUUUGCCUCAAGGACUUUGGUCUCAUUUCUGUGCCUGACGUGUCUUACCGGCGCCUCACUGAUAGAGAUGAAUUUGUCGUCUUGGCAACCGAUGGGAUUUGGGAUGUAUUGACGAACGAAGAGGUUGUGGAGAUUGUAGCAAAAGCCCCAACACGUUCCUCUGCAGGUCGAGCCUUGGUGGAGGCUGCAAUGAGGAAUUGGAGAUGGAAGUUUCCAACUUCAAAAGUCGACGACUGUGCUGUAGUUUGCCUCUUCCUCGACUCGGAACCAAACAAAUUAUCAACUUCUUCUUUUUCAAAGGAGGAGAAAUACAUCAAGACUGGCGUUACUGAACAUGAACCAGACACAGCAUCAACAUCAACUCCAGACUCGGGACACGAAUCGCCUGAGCUCAAUGGAGUCCACAGAAUCGACACACUCGUGAAUCUCCCAGUAUAUGUGCCGACCAAAGAGUAGGAAAACAGAGAACAGAGGCAGGAGGUUAAGAUGUGAGAUCAGACCUUGUCUCUCUUUCUUUCUCAGUUUUUAUUGAGUCUCAAUGUCUCUUUAUUCUCUAUGUUCGUGUCAAAAGUUACUGUUUGGUAAAUUAGUGUUACACGCCAAUACUUUUGAGUGUGGCUGGUUUGUAUAUAUAUCUACUCUGCCACUACUUUUGCUAUAAUAUCCUCUUCUUUUGUAAAUAAAAUUCUGAAAGCUACAUUUGAGUUUA